AUGUCGUGCUAUUUCUCUAUGCAAAAAACAAACUUUUUCAACAAAGUUUUCACAACAAAAAGGGCAUUUAUCUUGGUUACUAUAGCUUACGUAUGUGGACUGAUACUUAUGAUACCUCCACUGUCUGGUAAUUUAGGGAAUCUUAGUUAUCUAAGCAAUCUUGGCAUAUGUAUCGUUGCAAUUAAUAGCUAUACUUCGUUAAGUGGCGCUUUGUACCACAUCACACUUAUUACUGGCAUUGAAACGAUCAUUUUGAUUAUAAUUAUUAUAUGUUAUUGUCGACUGGGAUCAACUAUUCGAAAACAGUUAUUUCAAACUGCACCUGAAAUAGCCAACACAAACAAGGCUGGUGAUCGUCAAGUUAGAAUUGUCAACAACGAUCUAUUUCAUGUUGAGAGAGAUUUUGCCUUAAUAAAGACAUUAUUCCUAAUGCUUUGGCUAGACCUGUGUGUUCAGUUACCUUGCAUUAUUUAUUCUAUUUUCACCCUUGCUGGUAAUACAAAAUGGAAUUUAACCGUUAUAUUAAUAUUCAUGAUCGUAAGCUACGCGAAUACUAUAGUUAAUCCUAUUCUGAUUAUCCGAAAUUAUGGUUUGCGAAGUACAAGAAAAGUAAAUCGGAAACGCCAUCGAGCGAAUCGAGGCCCAGAAACUGCAGCCAACAGAGCUGUUCUUAGGCAACAUGGCUUAUUAUAA